AUGGUCGAUCUUCCCAAGAUGACUCAAGAAAAACCUGUCCUUGUUUCGUGCCAACGAGAUAAAGCGCCGAUCGAACCAGACCAAGAGGACGAUAAGCACUUGGAUGUCCCCGAAGAGCCUGAUUACGUUCUAAUAACGCCGAGCGACUUGGCCGAGAAAGCCAAAGAAAUCAACCGCAAUCUGCAAGAUACCCAUCAAUACAAGACUCAAGUGGUCAAAAAGAUCUUUCUAAACCGCGCCCCUUCAAUACCGACCGGGCUCGGAAGGAGAUUGGGGAACCUGCGAACAUCAUUCUCACUCGUCACCGUCAUCAACCACAUUGCCGACAAUCAAUUCCCACAAGCCAAAAAGCAAGCAAAAAGAGCUCUCGAACUUGCACAGGCUUCAAAUGAUAAGCUUUCCGUUGCGCGUUGUCAUUAUUGGAUGGGACGAAUCGAAUUCGAGAAGCAGAAUAUGCAGGCAGCACAUGCUCACUUCCUCGCUGCGCGCCCUUGUAUCAUGGAUAAUAUCAACCCAGAAGGGGAAACUCUUCGGUUUUACUUGGACGCAUCAAGGAAAGGAAUCUCGGGAGAGUAUAUGAAACGCAUACUCACUCAAUAUAACCUUGCCUUGGUCCAGAGCGCUCCUCGUGAGAGACCAUUCAGACGAUCAAAUCCACCAACGCCCAAACGCAAAUGGGAAAACCAACCGUGGAAAGCUGUUCUCCGGCCAGCUCUCACGGACAAGACUGGAAAACGACAGAAGCGAUCACCAGGCCUGAAUACCUCGAAACGUCUCGGGAGAUUGAACAAGUGGAUUGUUAGGGAUGUUCCGGAUCUUCCGGAUCUUCCUUUCCGACCGAAAGACAGUUCGGGCACAACCAAGCCCGAUCAAGGAUCAACAAACCAUCACGAGCUUCCUGGCGACCCUGGCACCACCGAAAACCAAGCAGACUUUGUCAGGGUCGAAGGCAAGGCCCAUGGAAUGGGAGCUUCAGAAGAAGGCAUGGAGUGGCUACAGGCGGCGAAUUCUGGCCCCCGCCUAGAACAGCGUGGGGAAUUUACUCUAAGGUGUUAUCCUGUAGGGCUCUCGCCGCGAACUCGUUCAACAGAAAUAUUUUCCAGAAUACCUGAUGAGAUUCUUCUAUCUGCUCAGGAAUGGAAGUCUCUCAGCAAAUUGAUGAGCAAUCGUGCAAUCACAAUGGCCUACCUUGCGAAGGAGAGGCAGCUUAGAUUGUCCAACAUGGAGGAAAUUGCACCGACUUCUGGGGUUGAGGGCAAAUGA